AUGGCAGGGUGGACUGCCCCUGCCGAAAGGCCAGAGUUUCGGCAGGCGGCCGGUGUCACGCCCGCACAGCUGGCAGAGACGCUGCAGCGACUGCAGGUGGACCGGCGCCCCAGGGCGGAGCGGCGCGGUAUAGGGGAGCUAGGAUGGCUCCUCCUAACCACCCUCCGAGCCCAGGAUGAGGAGGUGCUCCGCUUGCAGCAGGCCCUGGAGGGGAAAAUGCAGGAGUGCAUGGCUCAGGCAGAGGCUCGCGCCGUGGCACAGGCUGUCGUCACCUCCCAGGCAGAGCGUGCCCAGGAGCUGACAAGACAGUGUGAGGUGUUGAUGGCCCGGGUGGCCAACCGGCGGCGGCUUAAGCAGGGGCGGCAGCCGGUGACCACGGCCCAGGUUCGUGCUGUGACGGCCACUCCCUUUUGGGACCCUGAAGCCUGGGACGGGACAGUGGAGGGCUCAUCCUCCUUCUCGGAAGAGGAGGAGGGUGAGCGGGAACCUCCCGUGGCUCACGCCCGUCCUGUCCAGGAGCUGAAAGCCAUAGGUAAUGAGAUGCAGCCGGAGGUCGUGCGUAGCUACAAGACGAGUGAGUUGCAGGAGAUCGUGAAGUCAUUUCGCCAGGAGCCUGGGGAAGGUGUCUUGAGCUGGCUGGUGCGAGUCUGGGACAACGCAGGAAACACAGUGCUGCUCUUGUAUUAUGAACUGCGGCAGCUGGGGCUCAUGGCACAAGAUGCACAGGUACGAGCGGAGAUGUCCACCCUCGGUCCCCCUGCAGAGGGGCAACCGGAAUCACCAUCCCUAUAUAGGUGGCUGGCUGAGGCUGUAGGGGUGGCCUACCCCUCAGUUGGUGAGCUGGAGGCACUGGUGAGCCCCUGGAAGAUGAUCUCUGAGGGGAUCCAGGCGCUGCGGCAGCUAGGGAUAGCUUGGGCUGUAUCGACAGGGGGCACUGAGGGGCCCAACGACAUGCUAGUGUCAAAGUCGAUGAAGGUCGCCUUUAUACGUACAGCUCCAGACGAGCUGAAGCCCUCGCUCCUUGCGGUAGUCAUGGCGGCGGAUGGGCGGGCUGGAGAAUUAGCAGCUACCCUCAUGCAAUUGGGGACCGCCUUGGCCGGGGCUCGGCCUAAGGCCGUCUGA